UUCUUGAAUUGGACUUGGCAACCCUAACAUCUGGGAUCGCCAAACGCUCCGUCACAUCUGCUGUCCUGUAUCGGACUCAGCGGCAAGACCACACACGGGUGCUGAAGGUCGUUGGGAGGAUGGAGACUUGCGGGCAGAACCUGUCACCUUGCGGGGAGGGGGCCAAGCUUGGCAAGACUCAUCAGGCUUUGGGCAAGAAGAAAACCAGGAAGAAGAAGAAGAAGAAAAAGAAGGGCACGCAAGACGAAGAAAAACAACCCAGCAAAAGCCCAAAGCAGCCUGCGUUUCCGUCCUCCCCUGAACCGCGCGGCAGCCCGACAACGGAAGACGAUGCUGCAAAAGAAGCUGCAGGCCGGACCAGACGUUGGCUCUUUGCCUCUGCAUCCUUCUUUUCGUGCUCAACCAAAGGCCCUUCCGAUCAGUCAAAUGAGAGCCUUCGAUGGAAUGGGAUUCUGGAUGAUCCAGUGGCGGAAGAGAAGAGGCUGUGGCACUACCGAGCCAACAGAAGGAAACGCUACGAUGCAUCCAUCCAUCAAAGCGUACCUCCAGAGCCAUCCCUCACCCUCAAGCAUCUGCCACAGCUCUGCAAGGUGGCUCACCUGAACGGAGAACACCUGCUGUGCAAAGCAGACCCCUCUGCUGCUUCUUCGCAGAAUUCUAAGAUGUAACCAGCCACGGGAUCAAAGAGACAGGCUGCACCGGUUCCAGUUAUUUCCUAGGAAACUGUGUCAGUCUUUCAACCCCCCUUCUCUUGAUUCUUCUUCUCCUUUGUUUCUUCUUCUUUUUUAAAAAAGCGAAGACGUGAGUUUAAUGCCCAUGUAGGUUAAUUGUUUCUUCAAAGCUAGCAGAAUAAUUAAUUUUUAUCAAUUGCCCCAAACCUGCAUACUAUUCUUUUGUAAAAUUUCAAAACCUGACAUUGAUGGUUGGAAAUAUAAAGCUUGAUAAC